GCUUGGUGCCCUCCACUUCCUGUGUGCAGUCUAAACUCUGUCUGUUGUCAUGCGUGUAUCCAUGGUGAAGGCGCGGACUGACGCUGUGGCUGCGAGCGGAUGGAAUUGUGUGAGAAACACGAGGAAAUAAAAUGAACGCUGUGGCCGGGGUUCAACCUGGAGCUCUUGUUGUCUGAAUGUGGACCCAGUCUAGGGAGGAGGGCGGAGCUGCUGGAGCAGAUGGAGAGUCGCCGGGAGCAGCUGACCGGCCUGAGGAGGCAGCGGGCGAAGGAGGGUGAGGCGGCUCGACGCAGGAACGCCGCAUUACUGCAGGACUUACAGAGGAUCGAAGAUGGUCUCCGGGGGAGACAGCUGCCACACCCACGUCUUCUGGCUCUGGAGACAAAGUACUGGGUGUCUGUGGAAGAGUCCAUCCCAGCCUGGGAGCACUUCCUCGUGGGCAAAGGUCCACACCCGACUGAUGGUGCAGGACCGACAGCCAUGAGAGCGAAACAGACAGCCAGCACAGCCGAGGACCGGGGCCUGCCGCCUCGGCCAAAACCGCGGGCUGCCAGGUAGCCGAGAGGGGACUGUGAUGUGUAGCCUGAUCAAGGCUUUGAGAGUCACGUGAUACAUGAACAAGCACAAACCAGAGUGACCAGAUGAGGUGGAUCACGGUCCCCCGCACCAGGGCUGGGUGCUGGUCGGAAGCUCUCCCACUCCUGUGAACUGGUGUUUCCCUCCGGGUCGGAAAUGAAUUCAUCGACACGAACAUUUAAAUCUUAUUUAACCAAAUCGGUGAAAAGAGGGAGUAAUGUCACAGCGUGUCCCUCCACACAGGAAGAGGGGGCUGCGCACCUCCACAGCUGCUGAACACUGUUCAUUCAGGUGUUCUGUUUGCAAUGUGGUAUCUGGACCACUAGAGGGAGCCAGUGGCCCAGAUAAAGAAAGAAAAGGCUUCUGCUGUGAACAACUAAACCUUUGGUUUAAAAACAGUCUGUUUGUUACAGUCAAUUAUGUUUAUGAAUAUUGAUAAAUUUACUUUGACCAUUCGAGUUACUGUGCCAUGAAAUAGUCCUACUUAUAAAAUAAAAUAGUUUAAAUUCGGGGCGCGGCGAGUAGGUUGAUAAUCAGACCGGUUAUAUAUGAUAAGCCAGAAUAAUAAUACUAGCUUUCGACUGUCCAUCAUGAUUGUCUAUAACAGAGUCUCAUACACCGUGAUGUUGUCAAAACCAGCUGCUGUGCAGGAUGUUUGAAAUCGUUAACGUGAUAUGUAAAAGAUUUAUUGUGUUGUUAAAAAAGAUACAGGAGAUAUCUGCAAAUUUGAAUACAAAACAUUCAAACAGUGAACUACUUGACAAUAUGAACAUAUCAUAAUCUGGUUCCACUGAAGAUUCUCCAUUCUGAAGAGAAACUGUUUUGCACAUUUGUUCCACUACCUUUACUGACAUUAAAAAUGUAUACAUUU